UUGAAGACUCAAUGGCCAAUGUUGCUAGUGCAGUGGGAUCAACUUGAAGGUGAAAUAGCUGUCAUGGCAUGGGAUCAAGAUUGUGACCCUAUACCACUUGACCUUGAUAGCAGCCUACCAGAACCUGCUCUAGAAAUAAAGCUAGGCAGAGAAUUCCAUGUUCCAAGCAUAAUGCCCACUGCUUUCUACCACCUAUCACAUCUCUCUAUUGGUCACCUGCUUCAUGUCCCAAGAGAUGUAGUGCAACAAUGUACUGCUGACUGGAACCUUCUCACAGCAGCCAACUUAAUUUGCCUAAUUAUGGGAAAGGAAGGUCUGUUGAUGGUGGCCCUUUUAAUGUUAAUACUGGAUUGUUACAAUGAUGAAACUAUGAAGACCUGUAGAGGAUGCAGAAGGUUGGAAAUGGUGGAGCAAAUUCAUUGGGAGUGCAAGUGCAUGUUGGAUGUUCUCUUGACUCUUUAUCAGUGCUUAAUGAUGGAGCCAUCACUGUUGUCACCCAUGUGUGAAACAUGUUCCCGCAUCAUCAAGAACCAGUUGAGGAAGAUGUGCCAAACACUAUGGACUAUGCUACCUCUUCUGUUUCAGUUGGAAGUUUGA